UCUGGGUCGAGCCUGCCGCUGCCUUGGCUACCAGGCUCCUCUGGUGGUGGCGCUUGUAGUCGGGCUACGGAGGCCGGGUUGCCGGGCGCCGGGAAUGUGUAAGAGGCUCAUGGAAUGAGUCAGAGUAAUAAAGGAUCUGCAGGAAGUCCCUCAAGAUCGUUGGGAAAGAAGAAUUUGUAGACUCUUCAUCAAGAGCUUCAUUUACACAGCUAUUAAAUCCAAGGCUACAGUAGUGGUGAAACCAUGAGUAAAAAUAUAUCUGCUGUAGUAUCAUCAGGUCUACUUGAAAAGGAUCCUGCCUUUCAGAUGAUUACAGUUACCAAGGAAACGGGCCUCGGUCUGAAGAUCCUAGGGGGAAUUAACCGGAAUGAAGGUCCUAUGGUAUAUGUUCAGGAAAUCAUUCCUGGAGGAGACUGUUAUAAGGAUGGACGUUUAAAGCCAGGAGAUCAACUUGUCUCAAUAAACAAGGAGUCUAUGAUUGGCGUGUCAUUUGAAGAAGCAAAAAGCAUAAUUACCAGAGCCAAGUUGAGGUCAGAAUCUGCUUGGGAGAUAGCAUUCAUAAGACAAAAAUCUGACAACAAUCAUUUAGAAAAUCCAUCGUGUAUAUCUGUUUUACAAGCUACAGGAGAAUAUGGACCUCAAGCCUCAACAUUUAGUCUUCUUUCUUCUCCCCCUGAAACACUAAUUCCAAAGACCUCAUCCACUCCCAAAUCUACAAAUGUGAUUUUACCUUCUUUUAAGAUAAAUCAGGUAAAAACUGGAUACAAGAAAACAGAACAAACUCCAAUUACUUCUCUGGACAACAGCCCUACAGAUAUGUCUAAUACAAUUCUGGAGGCUGGAAGUGCAGGAUCAUGGUGCCAGCAUGGUCCAGAUAUUGCCCCUGCCUGGACUGAUAAUUAUGGACCACAAGGAAAGAAGAUUUCCCUAAAUCCUUCUGUUCGCCUUAAGGUAGAAAAACUGGAAAUGGCUCUAAAUUAUCUUGGUAUUCAGCCCACAAAGGAACAACACCGGGCGCUGAGACGGCAAGUGCAAGUGGACUCAAAGGGGACAGUGUCUUUUGGAGAUUUUGUCCAGGUUGCCAGAAACUUGUUUUCCUUGCAGUUGGAUGAAGUAAAUGUUGGUGCACAUGAAAUUUCCAACAUAUUAGAUUCACAGCUUCCUCCCUGUGAUUCCUUAGAAGCAGAUGAAAUGGAAAGACUUAAACAUGAAAGAAAUGAUGCCUUGGAAGAAGUAAAUAUACUUAAGGAAAAAUUAUUUGAAUCAGAAAAGCAAAGGAAACAAUUGACAGAAGAACUCCAGAAUGUAAAGCAAGAAGCCAAAGCUAUGGUUGAAGAAACAAGAGCCCUGCGAAGUCGGAUCCACCUUGCCGAAGCCGCACAAAGACAGGCGCAUGGCAUGGAAAUGGAUUAUGAAGAAGUGAUCCGUCUGUUAGAGGCUGAGAUUACAGAGCUAAAGGCUCAGCUUGCUGAUUAUUCUGACCAAAAUAAAGAAAGCGUUCAAGAGUUAAGAAAGAGAAUCACAGUACUUGACUGCCAAUUACGAAAAUCAGAAAUGGCUCGAAAAACUUUUGAAGCAUCCACUGAAAAACUUCUUCAUUUUGUAGAGACUAUUCAAGAAGUAUUUUCUGAUAAUUCUGCUCCUUUGUCAAAUUUAAGUGAAAGAAGAGCUAUGUUAGCUUCCCAGACUUCGCUCACACCUCUGGGAAGGAAUGGACGUAACAUCCCAGCAACACUGGCACUUGAAUCUAAGGAACUUGUUAAAUCUGUCCGUGCUGUGCUUGAUAUGGAUUGUCUACCUUAUGGGUGGGAGGAAGCUUACACAGCAGAUGGAAUCAAGUACUUCAUCAAUCAUGUGACACAGACUACAUCCUGGAUACAUCCCGUGAUGAGUGCGCUGAGCCUGUCCUGCUCAGAGGAGAAUGAAGAGGAUUGCUCCAGAGAACUUCCUGACCAGAACUGAUGGCUUUCUGUGGCAAGCUGCUCGCCCUGGGGCUCUGGCAUUUCCAUCUACAUGGAUGACCCCAAAAACGCAGCAUGCAAAAUAGGAGUAAAACACACACUACUUAAUGAAGUUGUGAAAUGGGGACUCUUGAUUUAGGCUAUUUUUGUAUAACUUUUUGAUAUAACUGUAUAUAGUCACAAAAUUGAUGGCCACUAGAGUAGUUCUUUAAGAAAAAUCUUGCCAUGUUUUUUGAAAGCAUCUAUAAUGAGAUUUUAUAAUAUGUGUAAUUUUUCAUGUGUAAUUAGAUCUUUGUAAUAUUAUAGUUCUUGAUAGAA